AUGGCAAGCUCACUUCCGCGCCCCAAGCGGGCAGGUGAGGAUUUCACUCGCUCUCACCACGGCGACGAAGAGGACGGCCCAUCAGGGAGCAAGAAACCACGCUUCGAUCUCCGCAAUCCCUCAGCGCUGGCUCCCGACGCGCUCGACGACGACCCGACACUAGACGCUGACGAGAUCGGCCGCCGUGGCCAGCAAGUGCGUCGAAAAGCGGUCAAUCUCGACGGCUACGACUCCGACAGCGAGAACGAGGGCUUUUCCGCGCGGGUCGAGGAAAAAGCAAAGCGCAGCCGGGCCAAACACGAUGCAGACGACGAUGACAUGUUCGCGGAGCUACAGGAAGAUUUUGGCGCCGAGGAAAUUGACGCCGACGAAGCAUUGCGCAAAAAUAAGAAGUCUGUUCGCUUUCUGCGAAAUGACGAGAUUGAGGGACAGGUCGCAUCUUCGAAGGGCGGAGGCACAUUACGUGCCGAUUUGAGGAAAGGCGCAGAUGAGAUUGAUGAGGAGGAGGCGGAGAGUGAAAGUGACGUUGGCGAAGAUGAACGCGCACAUGUCGACGACGACAUUGAUAAGGAGCUGGGGGCCGGCGCGAAGAAGAAACAUGCGCCUCUACUGGAUGCAUUCAAUAUGCGCUCGGAGCAGGAAGAGGGCCGGUUCGACGAGACCGGAAACUUUGUGCGCAAGGCAGCAGACCCGGAUGCCGUCUACGAUUCAUGGAUGGAGGGGUUGUCGAAUAAGGAAAUUCGCAAAGCCAAAGAGGCGGCCGAAAAACGCGAGGCAGAACGAAAGGAGAAGGACCGUAUGGACGAUAGCUUGUUGACAUCCGACAUUUUGAAGACAAUCAUCAUUCAGCUUGACCGUGGCGAAACAAUAUUGGAGGCGCUGGCUCGACUCGGCAAAGGUCUGCCACGGAAGCCGAAAUGGCAAGCAAAAAAGAAGAACAAGAAGCCUGCCAAUGCUGGCACCGAAGACAUCGAAAUGACAGACGAAGACCCAAACGCAGCCGUUCGGAAAAAGGCCAUCGACGAAAUCACCGGCGCCGCCGACAUCUUGAUGAGCAGAGGCCAAGCGGAUAUCUACGACACCGAGCGCGAGCUCUUGACCCGGCAAUACCGCAACGAGACGGGUGAAGAGUGGGUUGACCCUCCUCCAGCAGUAGCCGGGAAUGGUGAACAGCAAGCACCCGCGAUGUGGGAGUAUCGCUGGUCUGAUGCACGCGACGGCGGCGAUGCUCAUGGGCCGUACGAUGGCGCUAUGAUGCAGUCGUGGAAAGGUGCAGGGUACUUCGGCGAAGGCGUUGAGUUCCACAGAGUUGGAGAUACGGGCCCGUGGAGUGCCACAGUUGAUUUUGUAUAA